AUGCUCUCUAACUUUUUCAACAGACAUAAUUCAUUCCGGCGCCACCUGCCUCGUCAGAUGAAUGUCACCAGUGUGGACUUCAGCAUGGACGCGGUGCCUCUCCGCCAGUCCUCUACAGUGAGCUUCGGAAGAAUUAAACCUGAACUGUACAAGCAGAAGUCUGUGGACUCGGAGGAUGAGGCCAAAGGGCAUGUAGAAACCUGUGGGAAGCUCAGCUUCUCCCUCCGUUACGACUACGAGGAGCAGGCCUUGGUUGUGAGAAUCCUCAAGGCUUUAGAUCUGCCCGCCAAGGACUUCACGGGCACCUCGGACCCGUAUGUGAAGAUGUACUUGCUGCCCGACAGGAAGAAGAAGUACCAGACGAGAGUGCACCGCAAGAACCUGAACCCCACGUUUGAUGAGACCUUCUGUUUCCCCGUGGCAUACGAUGAGCUUUGCAAUCGGAAGCUGCACUUUAGCGUCUACGACUUUGACCGAUUCACGAGUCAUGACAUGAUCGGCGAGGUCGUGGUGGACAACCUCUUUGAACUCUCUGAUCUUUCAAGGGAGGCAGUAGUGUGGAAAGAUAUUCACGCAGCAACUACGGAGAGUAUCGACUUGGGAGAGAUCAUGUACUCGUUGUGCUACCUGCCCACAGCGGGGAGAAUGACCCUAACGGUCAUCAAAUGCAGAAACCUCAAAGCCAUGGACAUCACAGGCUCCUCAGACCCGUACGUGAAGGUUUACCUGGUCUGUAAUGGACGGAGGCUGAAGAAGAGAAAAACAACAAUCAAGAAAAGCACACUUAAUCCUGUAUACAACGAGGCCAUCAUCUUCGACAUCCCUCCAGAAAACGUGGAACAAGUCAGUCUGUCCAUCAUGGUGAUGGAUUAUGAUCGGUAAGUGCCUCUUCAUAUACUGCGUUGCUUUAAAGGUUUAAAAGGGA